UCACGAUCCAAGUGGAUUGACGACGAUCUGUGAUGUCUCGUGUCUGGGAUCUGCGAGGUGAGCGUGAGAGCGUGAGAUGGAUGCCGAUACGGUUGCAAUACGUUUAAAAUUUUCUGACAAAAAUGUCGAUUCCACCGUAUUUGCUGGGUCCGAACCCAUGGGCCACCAUGAUGGCCCAACAGCAGGCUCACGCUCAAUUAGCAGCGGCUCAAGCUCAUGCUCAAGCAGCUGCGCACGCGCAAGCAGCGCACCAUGCUCAUAUGCAAGCUAUAGCAGGACCGCCGUUGCCGCAAAUGCCCAAACAACCAGAAGUUUUGUCAGAGGAUAAACUUCAAGAGAAAGCCCAAAAAUGGCAACAACUCCAAUCAAAAAGAUUCGCGGAGAAAAGAAAAUUUGGUUUCGUGGAUGCUCAGAAAGAAGAUAUGCCGCCGGAACAUAUUCGAAAAAUUAUCAGAGAUCACGGCGAUAUGAGCAGUCGCAAGUACAGACACGAUAAACGUGUUUAUUUGGGAGCUCUGAAAUAUAUGCCCCAUGCGGUAAUGAAACUGUUGGAAAAUAUGCCUAUGCCUUGGGAACAAAUUCGAGAUGUAAAAGUUUUGUACCAUAUUACAGGUGCGAUUACAUUUGUAAAUGAAAUUCCAUGGGUUAUCGAACCUGUAUAUAUCGCUCAGUGGGGUACAAUGUGGAUUAUGAUGCGAAGAGAAAAAAGAGAUCGUAGACACUUCAAAAGAAUGAGAUUUCCACCAUUCGACGACGAGGAGCCUCCGUUAGAUUACGCGGAUAACGUUUUAGACGUAGAACCUUUGGAAGCUAUUCAGAUCGAACUCGAUUCCGAGGAAGACGAAUCUGUGGCAUCCUGGUUUUACGAACACAAGCCACUCGUCGGUACUAAGCAUGUAAAUGGAUCCACUUACCGGAGAUGGAACUUGACUCUACCGCAAAUGGCAACUUUGUACCGUUUGGCUAACCAAUUACUAACAGAUUUGGUGGAUCAAAACUUUUUUUAUCUUUUCGAUCCAAAGUCUUUCUUUACCGCUAAAGCAUUGAAUAUGGCUAUACCCGGAGGUCCAAAGUUUGAACCACUGGUGAAGGAUUCGAAUGCAGCCGACGAAGAUUGGAACGAGUUUAACGAUAUAAAUAAAAUAAUAAUUAGACAACCUAUAAGAACAGAGUAUCGCAUCGCGUUUCCUUAUCUGUACAACAAUAUGCCACAUUUCGUUCAUCUAUCAUGGUAUCACGCGCCAAACGUGGUUUACAUAAAAACCGAAGAUCCCGAUUUACCUGCAUUUUAUUUCGAUCCUCUGAUCAAUCCCAUCUCUCAUAGGAAUUCGUUGAAGACCGUAGAACCUCAAAUCGAAGAUGACGAAGACUUUAUCCUCCCCGAAGAAGUGCAACCGUUCCUUCAAGAAACUCCUUUGUACACCGAUAACACGGCGAAUGGUAUAGCUUUGCUAUGGGCACCAAGACCGUUCAAUACCCGUUCCGGCAGAACUAGAAGAGCUAUCGACAUACCUUUGGUGAAGUCUUGGUACAGAGAACAUUGUCCGCCCGGUCAGCCUGUUAAGGUUCGGGUCAGCUAUCAAAAGCUACUAAAGUAUUUUGUUUUGAACGCUUUGAAGCACAGGCCUCCGAAACCACAGAAGAAACGUUACUUGUUCCGAUCGUUCAAGUCGACAAAGUUCUUCCAAACCACUACUAUAGAUUGGGUGGAAGCUGGACUUCAAGUAUGCCGGCAGGGAUACAAUAUGUUGAAUUUACUUAUUCAUAGAAAGAACUUGAACUAUCUUCAUUUAGAUUACAAUUUCAAUCUGAAACCGGUGAAAACUCUUACCACCAAAGAGAGAAAGAAAUCUCGAUUCGGAAAUGCUUUCCAUUUGUGUCGCGAAAUUCUUCGUUUAACAAAAUUGAUCAUCGAUUCUCACGUGCAAUAUCGGUUAAAUAACGUUGACGCGUUUCAACUCGCGGAUGGAUUGCAAUACAUUUUUGCGCACGUCGGUCAACUGACCGGAAUGUAUCGAUACAAAUAUAAAUUGAUGAGACAAAUCAGAAUGUGCAAAGACUUGAAACAUUUGAUUUACUAUCGUUUCAAUACGGGUCCUGUCGGUAAAGGUCCUGGUUGUGGAUUUUGGGCACCCGGUUGGAGGGUAUGGCUGUUUUUUAUGAGAGGAAUUACGCCGCUGCUGGAAAGGUGGUUGGGAAAUUUGCUAUCCAGACAAUUCGAAGGUCGACACUCAAAGGGAGUGGCUAAAACCGUAACGAAGCAGCGCGUCGAGUCCCAUUUCGACCUUGAAUUGAGAGCGUCGGUGAUGCACGAUAUCGUGGAUAUGAUGCCGGAGGGAAUAAAGCAAAAUAAAGCUCGUACGAUACUUCAGCACCUUAGCGAGGCAUGGAGAUGUUGGAAGGCUAAUAUUCCGUGGAAGGUGCCAGGAUUACCGAUUCCCAUCGAAAAUAUGAUCCUGCGGUACGUGAAAAUGAAGGCCGAUUGGUGGACGAACACGGCGCAUUACAAUCGAGAACGUAUAAGGCGCGGAGCGACCGUGGAUAAGACCGUUUGUAAGAAAAAUCUUGGACGGUUGACGCGACUCUAUCUUAAAGCGGAGCAGGAGCGUCAGCACAACUACUUGAAGGAUGGCCCGUAUAUUUCGCCGGAGGAAGCGGUAGCGAUAUACACGACAACCGUACACUGGUUAGAAUCGAGAAGAUUCGCUCCUAUACCGUUUCCACCGCUCUCUUACAAACACGACACCAAGCUGCUGAUAUUAGCGUUGGAACGUUUGAAGGAAGCGUACAGCGUCAAGUCUCGAUUGAAUCAAAGUCAACGCGAAGAACUCGGUUUGAUAGAACAGGCGUACGAUAAUCCGCACGAAGCAUUGUCCAGAAUCAAACGGCACCUUCUGACCCAGCGAGCAUUCAAAGAGGUGGGAAUCGAAUUCAUGGACCUGUACAGUCACCUGAUUCCCGUUUACGACGUCGAACCGCUCGAGAAAAUCACCGAUGCUUAUUUAGAUCAAUACCUGUGGUACGAAGCGGACAAACGAAGAUUGUUCCCGCCGUGGGUGAAACCCUCGGAUACAGAACCGCCGCCUUUGUUAGUUUACAAAUGGUGUCAAGGUAUAAAUAAUUUGCAAGACGUUUGGGAUGUCAGCGAGGGAGAAUGUAACGUGUUGUUGGAAUCAAAGUUUGAGAAACUCUAUGAAAAGAUCGAUCUGACAUUGCUGAACAGGCUUCUCAGAUUGAUCGUCGAUCAUAAUAUAGCCGAUUAUAUGACCGCAAAGAAUAACGUCGUUAUAAAUUACAAGGAUAUGAACCACACAAACAGUUACGGAAUAAUUCGUGGAUUACAAUUCGCGUCGUUCAUAGCGCAAUAUUACGGUCUCGUGUUAGAUUUGCUUGUCCUCGGGCUACAAAGAGCCAGCGAAAUGGCUGGUCCUCCUCAAAUGCCAAACGAUUUUUUGACUUUCCAAGAUGUGGCUUCCGAAACGGCCCAUCCCAUCAGGUUGUAUUGCAGAUACGUUGACAGAAUACAUUUGUUUUUGAGAUUUUCUGCCGACGAGGCGAGAGAUUUGAUUCAAAGAUACUUGACGGAGCAUCCGGACCCCAACAACGAGAAUAUCGUCGGUUACAAUAACAAGAAAUGUUGGCCACGCGACGCUCGAAUGCGACUCAUGAAGCACGACGUUAAUCUAGGUCGCGCAGUAUUUUGGGACAUAAAAAACCGUUUACCCCGUUCGACGACCACCAUACAAUGGGAGAAUAGUUUUGUCAGCGUGUACAGCAAAGACAAUCCGAAUCUGCUGUUCAACAUGAGCGGAUUCGAGUGUCGAAUCUUACCGAAAUGCAGAACCACUCACGAGGAAUUCACGCAUAGAGACGGCGUGUGGAACUUGCAAAACGAAAUAACAAAGGAAAGAACGGCUCAGUGUUUCUUGAGAGUCGACGAUGAAAGUUUGCAACGAUUCCACAACAGAGUCAGGCAAAUUCUGAUGGCAUCCGGGUCCACGACAUUCACAAAGAUCGUAAACAAAUGGAACACGGCAUUGAUCGGACUGAUGACAUAUUUCCGCGAAGCAGUGGUAAACACGCAAGAACUGUUGGACUUGUUGGUAAAGUGUGAAAAUAAAAUUCAAACGCGUAUCAAGAUCGGGCUCAACUCGAAGAUGCCUUCGCGAUUUCCACCGGUGGUAUUUUACACGCCGAAAGAACUGGGCGGACUUGGAAUGCUCUCCAUGGGCCACGUGCUGAUACCUCAGUCGGACUUGAGGUGGUCGAAACAAACCGACGUCGGUAUCACUCACUUCCGUUCCGGCAUGAGCCACGACGAGGAUCAAUUGAUUCCAAAUUUGUAUCGGUACAUUCAACCGUGGGAAUCGGAAUUUAUCGAUUCGCAACGAGUAUGGGCGGAAUACGCGUUGAAGCGUCAAGAAGCUAACGCGCAAAACCGUCGGCUCACUUUAGAAGAUCUCGAAGAUAGUUGGGAUCGUGGUAUUCCUCGCAUAAACACGCUGUUCCAAAAGGACAGGCACACGCUCGCUUACGACAAGGGUUGGAGGAUACGUACGGAAUUUAAGCAGUAUCAGGUGUUGAAGCAAAAUCCAUUCUGGUGGACUCAUCAACGGCACGAUGGUAAAUUGUGGAAUCUGAACAAUUAUAGAACAGAUAUGAUUCAGGCUCUGGGCGGCGUCGAGGGUAUAUUGGAGCAUACGCUUUUCAAAGGAACCUACUUUCCAACUUGGGAAGGUCUUUUCUGGGAGAAAGCAUCCGGUUUCGAAGAAUCUAUGAAGUAUAAAAAAUUAACUAAUGCUCAAAGGUCGGGAUUGAAUCAAAUUCCGAAUCGGCGAUUCACCCUAUGGUGGUCCCCGACCAUCAACCGAGCAAACGUAUACGUUGGUUUCCAGGUUCAACUGGAUUUGACGGGAAUCUUUAUGCACGGUAAAAUUCCAACCCUAAAGAUUUCCCUGAUUCAAAUUUUCCGUGCGCAUUUGUGGCAAAAGGUACACGAGUCGAUCGUGAUGGAUCUUUGUCAAGUUUUCGAUCAAGAGUUGGACGCGCUAGAAAUCGAGACCGUUCAAAAGGAGACGAUACAUCCGAGGAAAUCGUACAAAAUGAAUUCGUCUUGUGCCGAUAUUCUCCUCUUCUCUGCCUACAAAUGGAACGUUUCUAGGCCCUCUUUGCUCGCUGAUUCCAAAGAUCUUAUGGAUAACACUACCACGCAAAAAUAUUGGAUAGACGUGCAACUUCGAUGGGGAGAUUACGAUUCUCACGAUAUCGAAAGAUACGCUAGAGCGAAAUUCUUGGAUUACACCACGGACAAUAUGUCUAUUUAUCCGUCGCCAACCGGAUUGCUGAUCGCCAUUGAUUUGGCAUACAAUUUGCACAGUGCGUACGGUAAUUGGUUCCCUGGAUGCAAGCCUCUGAUACAGCAAGCGAUGGCAAAAAUAAUGAAGGCGAAUCCGGCGUUGUACGUGUUGCGAGAACGUAUCAGAAAAGCGUUGCAACUUUAUUCCUCCGAACCUACCGAACCGUAUCUAUCUUCGCAGAAUUACGGAGAACUAUUUUCCAAUCAAAUCAUCUGGUUCGUCGACGAUACCAACGUUUAUCGCGUUACCAUUCAUAAAACGUUCGAAGGGAAUUUAACGACGAAACCCAUUAACGGAGCCAUCUUUAUUUUCAAUCCUCGAACCGGUCAGCUAUUCUUAAAAAUCAUCCAUACAUCGGUUUGGGCCGGCCAGAAGCGUUUGGGCCAGCUGGCAAAAUGGAAAACCGCCGAAGAAGUGGCUGCGCUCAUCCGAUCUUUACCGGUCGAAGAGCAACCUAAGCAAAUAAUCGUAACCAGAAAAGGAAUGUUGGAUCCUUUGGAAGUUCAUUUACUCGACUUUCCCAACAUCGUGAUCAAGGGAUCGGAGCUUCAGCUACCGUUUCAAGCUUGCUUGAAAGUCGAGAAAUUCGGCGACUUAAUUUUGAAAGCAACCGAACCCCAAAUGGUCUUGUUCAAUUUGUACGACGACUGGUUGAAGACCAUUUCCUCCUAUACCGCAUUCUCGCGUUUGAUUCUUAUUCUUCGCGCGUUACACGUAAAUACCGAAAGAACAAAGGUUGUUUUAAAGCCCGAUAAGACAACCAUAACGGAACCUCAUCAUAUAUGGCCUUCUUUAACGGACGACGAAUGGAUUAAAGUCGAAGUACAGCUAAAAGAUCUUAUAUUGGCCGAUUACGGGAAAAAGAAUAACGUAAACGUUGCGUCGUUGACUCAAUCCGAGAUUCGAGAUAUUAUUCUGGGCAUGGAAAUUAGUGCGCCGUCCGCUCAACGUCAACAAAUCGCCGAAAUCGAGAAGCAGACAAAGGAACAAUCGCAGCUUACAGCGACCACUACGAGAACGGUAAACAAACACGGCGACGAAAUCAUUACGGCGACAACUUCUAAUUACGAGACGCAGACGUUCAGUUCAAAGACCGAAUGGCGGGUGAGGGCGAUUUCAGCUACAAACUUGCAUCUCAGGACGAACCAUAUUUACGUGUCGUCCGAUGACAUCAAAGAGACCGGUUACACUUACAUAUUACCAAAGAACGUCCUCAAGAAAUUUGUUACCAUUUCCGAUUUACGCGCUCAAAUCGCGGGAUACUUGUACGGCAUCAGUCCACCGGACAAUCCUCAAGUUAAAGAAAUCAGAUGUAUAGUUAUGGCUCCGCAAUGGGGCACGCAUCAAACGGUUCACUUGCCAAACACGCUUCCGAAUCAUCAGUAUCUCAAAGAAAUGGAACCUCUCGGCUGGAUUCACACUCAACCUAACGAGUUACCGCAAUUAUCGCCUCAGGAUAUAUCGACGCACGCUCGGGUAAUGGCAGAGAAUCCGAUCUGGGAUGGCGAAAAGACCAUCGUCAUCACCUGUAGUUUUACUCCCGGAUCUUGUUCCCUAACAGCCUACAAAUUAACGCCGAGUGGCUUUGAAUGGGGAAAACAAAACACCGAUAAAGGAAACAAUCCUAAAGGUUACCUACCUAGCCAUUACGAAAAGGUGCAAAUGUUAUUGUCCGAUCGCUUCCUCGGCUUCUUUAUGGUACCGAGCCAAGGAUCUUGGAAUUAUAACUUUAUGGGUGUGAGACACGACCCGAACAUGAAAUACGAACUACAAUUGGCAAAUCCAAAAGAAUUUUAUCACGAAAUUCAUCGACCGGCCCACUUUUUAAACUUUUCUAGUUUGGAGGACGGCGAUGGUGUUGGAGCCGAUCGAGAGGAUGUAUACGCUUAAACGAGAUGAGCAAAGAAAAGUAAAACGAUAAAAUAUCGUUAAAUCUGUACUUUUUUUCCAAAGUUCAUUGUGGCAUAACCGACAACGUUUAAUUAAAGAUGAAACUUUUGUUCAAAUAUCGAGCGCUUUUAAUUGUAUAUACACGAAUCGAUCGCGCACGCUUAACAUAAAGUAUCGUAAAAGAUUGAACAGUUUUUUAUUAAAAAGUUGACUAGCUAAACGAGUCGUGGUUGGUCCCCGAUGCAUUCUCGCUAACGCGUUUCUUUUUUUUUUUUACCUUUGAGAAAUAUGCGUAUCCAGUAAUGUUUGUAACGUUUAGUUUAUAAGUUGACUAGUAUUAAACCAAUUCAAAUUUGUACUAUACUUUAAUAUCAAUUUAGAAUAAAAAAUACAUAAUUUAUACACAUACGCGUGUACACAUUAAGAAAAUGUACAAAUUUUCACACAUUUAAUCUCGUAAAAUACAUUACGCAACAUACAUUUGUUAUUUCCUUGGCGUACAAUAAACAAGUUUGGUAAACU